CGCAAAAAUUUUAAUCUUUAUUUGUGUGUUGCCUUGCAAAUUUUAAUAUUUUCUAUUGGUGCGUUUUUGAUAUGUAGGCUUCCUCCUGGCUCUAUAAUUUUUUUGAGCACUGAGUUUCGAUAUUCCCCAGCUUGCCCAACCACUUGAUACUUUUCUAACAUCAUUUUCUACUUCACCAGAAAUUUUGGGAGACGAAAGUUUUGGAUUAUUGGUCACUUUUCGAGCAAAUAUUUUCUACUCGCCUGUGAUGAAACUUGGUGGACGUCCUGCUCGUCGCCUAUUUUCAAUUGAUCCCGUUAAUUUGUAACGUGAAAUCAUGUCACGGACAGUUGACGAGAUUUUUUGACCAACUCAGCAAUUUCUUGUUGCGUCUUCCCCCCAUUUUCGUAGUAAUGAAUGACCAAAUCUUGAAUAGCGACUGUUGUUUCAUUAUUGGGCAUUUUCUUCUGGGAUAUAUUUUUUUAAUUGAAGUGGAAUUAUUUUAUAUAUACAUCAAUAGUAGGUGUACUUAAAAAUUAAAAAAGUUGUUAUCCUACUUUGGUAAUUUUAAAAGUGCUAUCAUUUUAAUUGUUUGUGGCGAUGACUUUUGCACCGGUGCUCAUUUCUUAACUUCACGCUAUGGGUCCGUACGGAGUGAAAAAAAAUCUUACAACAAAUUUUCUUUAGUGAAUGUUUGUGUACUAAUUUGUCUUCAAAAUGAGAUAACGACCUUUCAAAAAUUCCCCGUACUUACUGAGAAACUAUGAUUUAAAUUGUGCUUGUGGUUUUGGGCGUUCACAUUUGCUCUCCAGUGUAUUUUAAAAAUAAUUAUUUUAUUUGUAACUCGACCAUUUGUCGCAACCGUUAAGGGUAACUAGGCACUAAAAGUCAAGCAAUCGUGGAGUCGUUGUCAUUUAUCAAACGACGAAAUUACUCCCCCUCCAAAAAAUCUCGUCGCUCAUUAUUUUGCAUACGGUUAAUCUUACAUUCCACCAUGACUGAUAGUUGAACACAUUUUAUCCAAAAUCUUGUGACCUGGCUUAAAAUUCAUAAUAAUGUCAUCUCUGUUUGAAUCAUUCCGUGGAGUUUUCAGAUCCAGGACUUCAACAAACCAAAAUGACAAUGACGACAACGCCUCUGAAACCGCAAAUAAAAGCACACCCGAGACAAAAACAAUGGUGUCUGAAAGCGUGGAGGCCGAUCUGGAUUCUGGGAACCAAGGAGUAGUGCGCAAACCUUAUUUCAAAGCGCCCCCAAAUGAAGAUUCCCCAUAUGUUUCCGAAGUUAAUUCAGCUCAACUAUCCUUCGAAAAUAUUCCUCCAGGCUUGGUAUGCAUUACUGAGUCCCCGGAAACAGGAAUUCUGUAUCAAGUUCCUCAAGGGCUUCCACCACGACAGCCUCUUGCAUCGAAUAGUCACCCAAAUCGACCAAAAUCGGCUACAGCCCAAGUUAUGACACGAAUGACGAUCCUCCACAACGAACAAGCCCCACAACAGCACGACACGCGGGAUGAUGACGAAGAUGACGACGAAAAGUGGGACAAGGACGACGAGCGGAUGGCCACACUGAUGGCACAAAUUCCUUGUCAAAUCACUCAGAGUGGUCAUCUUUUCUCCAAGUCUUUCACAACGCUGCCUAAACCAGCAGCACAAAGUCGAUCAUCUCACUUGCAAAUGUCAAAAAAGUCGUCAACUAGAGUGUUUUACAACAUGGCGGAAAUUGGAGUCGUCCCUCGACCUCAAACGAGUCCGCAAUUUCCAACACAGUCAAGUCAAUUGCAUCAGACGGUAGAACCUGAUCAUCUAGCUGUUCAUAACGACGCGACUAAAGUUAUUGAUCCUUCUCAGACAUCCUCGACAACCGCAGAAAACCACAUUUCUUCUGAGGACCAAGAAAAUAAGUUGGGCGAGUCCGAUACUACUUUCCGUCUUAGCACGUCGAGUGAUCACCACAAUGCAGAUCACAAAACGGAAUCGGAGCUUCUUGACUUUGGUCCACCAGCGUUUACCAUUCCCAUAAAAAAUGAUUCAAAGUCUCUUCACAAACUCCCCACCAGUUCGCGAUCCGAGUCCUCCGAGACUGUUCAGUCAAUCGUUGCCAACAUAAUUUCCGAGGAGGGGGACGACUUCAAGGAGCGGUACUCCGAAUGGAUUGCAGACACCCUUCAUGAAAGAAUGGACAAGAUGCGACAGCGACUCAACACCCAAUUCAAUUCCACAAUGGAACAGCUAAAGAUUUCAAAGGACGAGGAAAUUCAAUCCUUGCAUCAGUUUUAUAAACACAAGCUAAAAUUAGCUGAAACGUCUUCUCAUCAAUUUCAACAACUGAUAAGGUCGAUGGAGGCUGAACAUCGUAGAACUCUGCAAGGGAAGGAUGACAUAAUUCUAAAGUUGAGUAAUGAGUUGGGCCAUGCAGGCCAGAAUUUUGUGCACGAGUUGGAAAAACAACGGACCCUCAUCAAAGCGGAAGUGGAAAGGGAGAAGACUGAGCUGGUCACUCAACAAGGCGAAAACAUUCAGAGGAUUUUGGGAACCGUCGCCGACACUAAUGCAACGCCACUGACGACGCACGGUGACUCGAGCCUGUUCCUCCCCAGCCAUAUGGAACUUACCACGCAGAAUGAUUGGUCAUCACAGGAUCAUGUCCGCUAUUCGACGGAGACGAAUUCACAAAUGGACUUUUUAUAUGAGAAAAUUGCAAAUCUCCAAAAAACACUAGAAUCCUUGACUCAGGAGAAAGAACUAAUGUCCAAACUCCACAGUGAAAAUCUAUCCUCGAUUAUGAGCCAUUCCGAGCAGUCAAUUCAGGAGUUGACAAAACAAUUGCAAGCUGCAAAUGACAAGUUGGCCAACUUGAAGAAACGACACGAACGGGAGAUAAAAGAUGCGAAAGUGACGUUGCUCAACAAGGAAACGCUCUACAACAAGACCUUCAUCGAACUCAAACGGAAAUACGGAGACAAAAUUGAUGGAUUGUCCAAAAUCAUUCAGAAAAUUGAAUCCACUUACGCGUAGAUAUUUGGCCACACAACUUGAAGUAUUUCGUAAUUUUUAGAUACAACUUGUGAUUUAUUCGUGCUAUAGUUUAUCUCGAAAAAUAAAUAUCAAUUUAUUUCACCGACCGACAUAACGUAAUUUUAAUGAAAAAUCAGUAGUGGAAAGUGUGAACAUUUCUUUGAUAAUUUGUGUUCUCGUUGUUCCGUUUGUUUUGUGGAGCAGUGGAGGAAGAAGAGUGCGCCAUAAGAUUAACGAGAGGAUGGACUCGGUCAGUGGACAUUUGAUGCAUAUUUUGUACUGUUUGCUCUGCUUUGUGCACCUGGUUGAUGAUUCGCAGAUAAAUAACAACAUUGUAAUUGAAAAUGAUAGUCCAACCAUUAAUAAAUACAUUUCUGUAUCAGUCACGGUCCAAAACGUGUAAAAGUGAGAGCAGAUUUGAUACAUUAUUAGUUUAUAAAUUCAUAAUAGAGAGUAAAAUAGAUUAAUUAGCCGUGGAUUAAUUCUUGAAAGUUAAACUUUUUAUGAUCUUUUUAGAAAUUAUACAUAAUUGGAUAUUGAGACAGUGCUAUGUGCCGGAGCCACCUGUAUAACUAACUAACUCAAACCUCAGCAAUUUAUAUUUAAGUUUAAACACGUGAUACUUUUGAUUACGUGUUAAUUCAGUUUCACUUAAUAAUGAAAAUAAUUAAUUGAAUCUUUCGAAUAAAACGCAACUUGAUGAAACUA